AUGACUACAUCGUGUCCUGGCUUUCUUGAUCGAUAUGGAAUAUGGAAUAAUGGUUUCGAUUGUUCAUCACCUCGAAUUUGUUGUGGUACAGAAACGGAUCGUUAUUGUUGUAUUCCAUCAAAAUUAUCAUCAUCAUCUCAAACUCCAUAUCAACCAUCAGAUGAUUUAAUUUUUCAUACAUCUGAUAAUUUUCUUACUGAAAAAUGGUUUUUCUUUCAAAUGUGUACGGCUGGUAUAUUUUUUGCCAUUACAUUACUCAUUUUUAUUAUGAUUUGUCAAUGUUUAAUAUCAAUUCGUCGUAAUAGACAACGUCAACAACAAAGAAUGUCUAUUGUACAAGUACCUUUACCAGUUACAUCACCACUUUUAAUUGAACAUAAUCGAUCUGUAUCAAAUCGAAUAUCAACAAUAAGUAGUACACCAAGUGAUAUUAAAUCACGAUGUACAGAUACAUCAACAAUAUUUAAUACAUCACUUAAUCUUUAUCCAACAGCAACUAGUCGUAAUUCAACAUCAACACCAUCAUCAUCAGCAUCAUCGUAUUAUAUAUUUCCUAAUGAAUUUGAACAUCUUUGUAAAUAA